GACGCACCAAAAGCAGCUCGACAGUGUGACAGCCCAAUUCCCGCAUUCAGGGCAGCUACUGUGUGGGAGAACGUCCUGGACGUCCUCCCGUCUUCUUCCUCCCUGCUCAGUCUCCUCUCACCCAACCUUGGGAUUCUGGCGGGAAACUCGACUCGGUUGUACCCCUCGCUCUUGAUAGAUCCACACAUGUCCUCUUAACUCAAAUCGUUUAUUGCACUCUACUUCUGUUUCACUCGCUACCAGAAAUAACAUUUAACUUUGGCUUCCUUUGUUGUCCUGCAUUGCAUCACUUGAUAUCAAUCAGCACAACCACCGCCCGUCCCCGCCGCCCGCCCCUUGAUCUGCACUCCUCUGAUCACCCGUUUCCUCAUUUGGGACAGCGAUCUUCCCUUCUCCGGUUUCGUGAUUGCCCCGGCGACGUCAGUCACCCUUUUCCACACCCUUCCACGGAUCGCUCUUCAUUUCACCCCGGCGGAAUUCGUGCGUGUCCUCGACCAAGAUUCAGCUCGUUCCUAUCCGACAUCGUCAACAACAGCCUCCGAUCGACCGAUAGCGAAUCUCCAUCUGGUCGCAAUAUCGUUUGCGUAGCAACUCGGCGAGCUGCGACCGCGUCGCGUCGUCCCAAUGGGCAAGAAAUGGCGAUACGGGAUUGUCCUGGACGCUGGAUCCUCGGGCACGCGCCUGCACAUCUACAAAUGGAAAGAUCCCGCAAAGGCUAGGAAAAAGGCCUCGAAACAGGAGCUGGGCAGCCUGCCAAAACUUCACACAGAGAAGAAAUGGACCAAGAAGAUACAUCCCGGCGUGUCGACCUACGGUGAAAAUCCCACUGCCGUCGGCCCGGACCACCUCCAGGGCCUUGUAGACCAUGCUCUCGACAUCAUCCCAAAGGACCAGGUGGAUGACACUCCGAUAUUCCUCAUGGCAACGGCCGGCAUGCGACUACUCCCAAAGGUCCAACAGUCAGCCCUCACACGCGAAGUUUGUUCCUACCUCCGCACCAACACCGACUUCUCGCUUCCCGAUUGCGACCUGCACAUCCAGGUCAUUCCAGGCGAGACAGAGGGUUUAUACGGCUGGAUAGCAACCAAUUACCUGCUGGGGGGCUUCGACCAGCCUGAGGACCACAACCACGGCAAGGGACACAACACGUAUGGUUUUCUCGACAUGGGUGGCGCCUCGGCACAGAUCGCCUUUGCGCCCAACGCGACCGAGGCAGCGAAGCACGCCAGCGACCUGAAGCUCUUGCGCAUGCGGACAUUGGAUGGGGACCGGUCCGAGUACAGGGUAUUCACGGCCACUUGGCUUGGUUUCGGCGUGAACCAGGCUCGAGAGAACUACGUCAACAAGCUUGUUGAUAUGUACGAUGCUGAUACUUCGGAAGUUCCCGACCCAUGCCUCCCCAAGGGACUGCGAACCACAGCCUCCGGGGAACCUGUCGAUGACGCCCAUUCGACCGGCUUGGUAUUAUUGGGAACCGGGGACUUCACCAGCUGUUUGAAACACACAUUCCCUCUGCUGGGUAAAGACGCUCCAUGUGUGGAUGAGCCGUGCUUGCUGAAUGGUCAACACGUCCCUGCCAUUGACUUCGAUGUGAAUCACUUCGUCGGCGUCUCGGAGUAUUGGCAUACCACACACGGUGUCUUCGGAAAAGGUGACACUGCGUAUGACCUGAAGACAUACCAAAGCAAGGUGGAAGACUUCUGCACAUUGGACUGGGACACCAUCGUGAAUACCAAGAUUGAUGCGCGGAAGAAGAAGGACGAUUCCAAAAACGCCCAAGAGGCGUGCUUCAAGGCGUCGUGGCUGAUCAACGUCCUGCACGACGGCAUUGGCGUUCCUCGCCUGGGUCUUGACCACACGCCCACUGUCAACGCGUCACAGAGCGCACUGGAGCAAGCCAAGGACAAGGGUUUCUUGGAUCCUUUCCAGCCCGUGGACAAGAUCGAUGGAAUCGAGGUUAGCUGGACUCUGGGCCCCAUGGUCCUGUAUGCUGCUGGGCAGAUCCCCCCGAGAAGCUCGGAUUUCCUACCUGUCGGCUUCGGCAGCAACACGAACGCAGUACCCGACGACUUCAACUACGCCGGCUCGAGCUUUAAGACGGACCACGACGAUGACGACGACGAUUGGGACGAUACCAUUGAGGACCUGGUCGACCACGCCAGGCCGAAUAAAUCAUCCAGUUUCCUUCUCUUCAUCUUGAUCUUGCUAUUGAUUGGCUACUUCUUCCGAAAGAGGGAUCGCAGAAUGCGCUUCCUCAACAAGUUCAGCGGGCUGACCGGCCGGUGGAGGAAGCCUGGCAGCCCCAAGAAAAACGCGCGGGGCUUGUCAAUUUUGACCAACAAGCUCUUUGGCAGGACCUCUCCCCAUUACGAACGUGUCAUCGAGGAAGGCGAGGCGAGUCAGUUUGAAUUGGGCGACAUUGACUCGGACGAGAACGACCACUCCGAUAGCAGCGAGGGCUCGAAACUAGGCAGGACCUCAGGGCUGGCCACUCCCAAGCUGACCAUGGAGCGAUUCGACUCGGGCUCAGCCCUAGAUAGAGCCGGAUUGGUGGUGCGGACCGAAAGCCGCGAGAGGCUCGUACCGCCUAGCAUGUUCAACAACCCAGGCCGGCGGAGCAGGGCUGGCAGCCCUACAAGGCUCAAAAGUCCGUUGAUGACGCCGCUGCAAGAAGAUUAAUGUUUACGAAGCUCAGGAGAUACCACUGUUAAGAGACCUGAUGUACGGCAUAAAGGACCAUUACUUUCAGACACUAUAUGAUUUUAAUAUUUUUGGUGGCGAAGGAGCUGGAGGCAUUCUCACCGGAGCAGGCGUUACAGUACCAAGUUCAUAUGGGAUCCUCGUGUCAAGGGUCCGCGGCGGGCGGAAAGGCUUAGACUUACCCAAUUAUCGCAGGGGCUGGAGUCUCAUGGCAUAGUAUUCCUUGCUCCCACAAAUUAUCACGGGCUGUGCUUGGUUUCUCUGCACGUCUCGCACCAUAUCUACAUGGCAGUCUGUUCUAUUGACUUGCGACCGCCGCCGCGAUUGUCAAUUCUGGCUAUUUUCUACUGUGACUAGCUCCACACUUUGCUGAAUGGCAUUCUCGCGCCUUGGCUCAAUGCGGCGGCAGAUUCUGCAGCGGAAAGGAUUUGGAAGACCGGAACCAACAAGUGAUAGCAGCCAGCUGAGGGGAUUUCGAGGGCACCGCAUGCCUAGAAGCCUCAUCCUGGUCGAGGUCAGGCGAUGAUGCCCAGCCUCGUACUGAGCGGAUUUCUCCCUGAUCUGACACCCCGCCUGCCCUAAUUCUAUCCCUCAGUCUAGACAACCCAUGGUAUUGCGACGACAGCUAACCACAUCAAGCCUUGGCUUCCAGCUGACCACUUGGGGCCUCCUACAAUCCCCAAUCUAAAUGCCCCGUCUGAAAUCUGAAAUCUGAAAUCUGAAAUCUGACAUUUGACAUCGUAGCAGACAGUAGAGGUCCGUCACGGGUCUGACGGGCUUGCUCAGUCUCGUCUUACUGCGUCGACGGAUUCCGAGAGGCCUGGCUCUCUCUGACUCAGCCGGCACACAGAUCAAGUCCCAGGACCACCUUCCUUCCCACUGGACAACAGACGGGGAAGCGAUGUCUCACCGGGAAACGCAGUGUGGAGCAGGCAGGCAGGAAGGCAGGCAGGCAGGUGCAGGCAGCAACCAUCGAGUUGCCGGCCGGGAGCGUGAUGCAUCUUCACAUGUGAGGCAGGGGACGGUCUUUUCGUCCGUUCCUGAUCGGUCGAGGUGCCAGAGAUGGCCUGUCCAGACCACGUCGCCGUACGCCGUCGCUCGCUUCCGUUGACCGACGCGCGCACUCUAUCUGCAACCCUGGAGGCGGCUCAGUCGUCCCUCUCGAGGAAGCCCGGGUCGCUCCGCACCCUGCUCUCGAACUUCUUCCACCAGUCCUCAAAGGCCUUCAUCGGGACGACCUCGACCUGGCCGGCCUGGCCGGAGAAGCUGGAGAGGAAGUUGAAGGCGUUCUUGAUGAUACGCUGCGCGAGGACGAGGGUGCUGGGCUGCUGGGCCCUGGCCGCGGCGGCGACGCCGGCGGGGACCAGGGCGAGCGAUGUCGACUUGGCGGCCUGCAGCUCUGUGAUGCGGCUCGCCACGGAGCCGGCGUCCUCGAUGCUGAUCCCCAGGACGAUCUGGCCGGCCGAGGGGGCGGACAGCGACGACUCGUUGAGCUUGAAGAUGGCGGACUCCUUGCCGGGGCCCACGCCGCCCAGAAACUUUGAGUUGGGAACGUCCUGGCCCUGCGAGCGGUCGGGCGGGGUAACGAGGUAGAUUGCCGCGGCGGUAUUGCUGGGCAGGAGGACGCCGGGCAACAGGAAGAUGACGACGUGGCUGAAGGACUUUGGGGUGGUUGAUAUGCUGUAGAUGAAGGAUGUCUGCGAAGGGGUCUCGGUUGGCUGAGUAAUGACAGGCAGGCCCGCCGGGACGAGGCCGAACAGCGGUUGCGACAUUGUUGCGCGUGAGACCGGGUUCUCUGACCGAGCCGGGGGUUAUCCCAAGACGUCGUGUGCGUGUGCGUGUGCGUGUGCGUGUUGCUUCUUCUGAACGUGCAGUGUGAUGGAUCAGCUACAGGGCGGUCACCGAGUAGACGAGGCCAGCUGUGGCUGGGUGCCGUCCCGGAGGCGACUGAGUGUGGCACCCUAAAGGAGGUGAUGCUUGACGUCGGUGAGGAUGGCGUCAAAGUCUGAUUGCAGGAGAGCGGGCGUAUGCAGCAGCGGAUGCAACCGUUGGAGAUGGUCUUGGUGUGCCUGUGUGCCGGGUGGCUUGAACUAUAGCCCCUGGGCAUGUGCUUCUGCAGAGUCUGCGCCUGUGAAUAUGCGGCCUGAAGAGC